CUUAGUCUUCCCUGCAGGUGCAUCCUCCCAGCAUGCAUGGACGGCCGACAGGGAACAACUCUAAAUGUCUCUCGUUUGGUGAAAUGGAGGAUUGAUUGUGUGCAAGAUGUCGAUGAGAGCUCUUCCCGUAGUCGUGGUGAGUCUGGGGGGCGAGAUGCUUUACAUUCUGGACCAACGACUGGCAGCACAAAACACUUCCAGGGACAACUCGGAGAAAGCCGCAGGAUUGUGGUCUGAACAAGACCGCCAAAGAGUGCUGAAGGACAUCGUAGGGACCAUGUUCAGCCAAGCCUUCAUGGACGAGCUCCUGAAGCCCCAGCAGAUGUAUUCUCACAGGACCAUGAAGGUGGUUCUGACCCGUUUGGCGCACGUCUCCAUCAUGAGACUCAACCCCGUCAGCAUGGAGAAGUUGUAUGAGCUGAUGAUCAUGGCCUUCAAGUAUCAAGUCCUCCUGUGCCCACGGCCUAAAGACCUGCUGCUCAUCACUUACAACCACAUGGACGCCAUCAGGGGGUUUGUGAAAGGCACCCCCGUGCUCCUAAACAAGCUGGACCAGACACACAGGAGGAUUAUUGAGAUCUACUCCACUAUGACGGCCGGUCAAUUCCAGAUUCUUAGACAGACCCUCCUCGCGUUCUUGCAGGACACCCACGUUCGGGUGGCCAUGUUCCUCAAAAAUCUCAUCCAGAAUCCCGACGGUCGUUUUGCACUGUCAGCAUCAGGCCCAACGCCUCAUGGGGUGGACCUUCCUGGAUCCAUCAGAAUAUUUGACACGAAGGGACGAAAAGUGCGAGAGGUCCACUUCCCUUCAGGAGGAAGUUACAGCGCCGCCAAUAAAGAAGGAUCCUUUGGCCUGCAUGGAGACCGAGUCCUCAGACUGGGCAUGAACAUCUACACUGUCAACCUGGCAGUGGAACCCUCCAAGUCUCCCUCACUGAAGACGGACAACUUAACACCCAACCUGCUGGCGAAAGAGGAGCUGAACCUGCUGGCCCGUCUGAUGGGGAAGGUUGAGAUGGACAAUAUGUCCGCUGGUGAAAGUGGCUUCCACAUCAACCUGUUUGGUGCCGGCCAAGAGGAUGACACAGGAGCUGCGGGUGGCACUGAGGACUCAUCAGGAGUGAUAAGUAUCCAAGCAUUGAAGGAUGAAUAUUCCGCAACUCAGCUGUCUCAAAUAGCCAGACUUUUUGCAGAACAAGAGGCUACCAGUGAAAAGGUGAACAGCAGCAAAGGAGACAACUUGCUCGCCAUGAUGGACGACCUCUGACCCUUGUUUUUGGUUUCUGUUAGUCACUGUGACAUGUUACUGCUUCAGCUCAAUGGGGCCUAGCAUGCAAAACCAACCUUUCCUACCUACUGGUACCUGCUGUCCUGUGUUUGGGAUCCGCAUAAAUCCAGAAAAUUCUAUAUUAUUCCUUAUACAUAUUUAUUGUCUUCUUUCACACUUCCAGUAAACCAUUUAGAAUUCAGUGCAUUUUUGUCAUUAGCCGGUUAUCAAUAUACGGUACAGAUUUACCCAAAGUGCUCCGCUCUUGCCAUUUCUAAUACAAAGUAGCAUAAAUAGUUGGAACUUGUCAGUAGACUCCAUAUGGAAGCGCUAAAAACUACAACAAUGAUGGCGGGAGAAGACAGAUCCUGAAAAGACGGUCAGGAGCCGGCUAGAAAACGGUCUGUUGCAUUUUAUGUAGACCUCAAGGAAGUGUUUUUCAAAGUAGAAAAGUAAUCGCAAUAUUACCCCUUUGAUGGCUAAAUUGGCUACUAAGUUAAAGUACCACAUCCAUCCAUCUUCUUCCGCUUAUCUGAGGUUGGGUCGCGGGGGCAGCAGCCUAAGCAGGGAAGCCCAGACUUCCCUCUCCCCAGCCACUUCGUCUAGCUCUUCCCGGGGGAUCCCGAGGCGUUCCCAGGCCAGCCGGGAGACAUAGUCUUCCCAACGUGUCCUGGCUCUUCCCCGUGGCCUCCUACCGGUUGGACGUGCCCUAAACACCUCCCUAGGGAGGCGUUCGGGUGGCAUCCUGACCAGAUGCCCGGACCACCUCAUCUGGCUCCUCUCCAUGUGGAGGAGCAGCGGCUUUACUUUGAGUUCCUCCCGGAUGGCAGAGCUUCUCACCCUAUCUCUAAGGGAGAGACCCAAACUCAUUUCCGACUACUUGUACCCGUGAUCUUGUCCUUUCUGUCAUAACCCAAAGCUCAUGACCAUAGGUGAGGAUGGGAACCUAGAUGGACCGGUAAAUUGAGAGCUUUGCCUUCCGGCUCAGCUCCUUCUUCACCACCACAACGGAUCGAUACAGCGUCCGCAUUACUAAAGAUAGUAAUAUAGAUUAUAAUAGCACAUUCUUCACAUAAAACGGUACUCUGUUGUUGACUUUUGGACAUAGCAUUCAGUUUUAUGCCCAGUUUACAGCUGUCAUAACUUUUUCAUUGUUAACAUACUAAAUAUACUGUAGUCUUCAUUUGAUUUGGUGACAGGGUUAAUUCACAAAAAUACAAUACUUUUACUGUACUAUAUGUUAUCUGAUUUUUAAAAUGCAAAAUAAAUUUAAUACAAAAAUAAUAUUGAUUCAUUACAAUUUAUUUUGAAUGAAGGACAUAAAAUGUAUUAUUUAUUAAAACAUGUUUUGUUUAUACUACCUUAUAACUUUUUAUUUAUGUAUUGCAACUAACAAUGAAAUUAUGGAAUGGAUUCACAAGAAUCAAACAAUGUACUAAUAGGAUCCACUUCCAGAAACUCUUUAAACUUAAAAGUGUUUACAAAGUACAAAGAAAAAGAACCAUGAUAAACAUUAUUAAUUUAUUUAAUCCAUCCAUUCAUUUUGUAGAUAAUCUUCUCAUCCCACCAUAUGAAAUAUAAAUUACUCUACCAAUUAUUAUGUAUUUGUUUAUUUAUUUGUAUUAUUAAUUAUGAAGUAUAUUGUGGAUACAUUGACAACAGGGGGUGAACAAAAGUUUUGGCAACUGUUAUGUAAAGGAACAGACAACAUCCCUGGCCAGCCCCUCAGGGUGUGUUCACCAGAGCUGGCUGACGUACUUGCUGACAUAUACAACUUGUCACCAACACAAGCUGUUGUGCCCACCUGCUUCAAGACCACCACCAUCGUGCCCCUGCCAAAGAAAAACACUG